AUGGGUGCUCUCUGCUGUCGACCUCAGCCCAUAGAUUUUGAUGGGGAGGUCAACCUCUUUCAUUUCAUUCUUCUACGCUGCGUUGGGAAAGGUGCAUUUGGCAAGGUCCGUGUCGUACAGCACAAGCAGACGCGGGACCUCUAUGCGCUCAAGUAUAUCAAUAAGGCGAAAUGUGUCAAGAUGAAAGCUGUUGCAAACAUUAUCCAGGAAAGGCGAUUAUUAGAGGAGAUUGAUCACCCCUUUGUCGUGAACCUACGCUACGCCUUUCAAGAUGACGAGAAUUGUUUUUUCGUGUUAGAUCUCAUGCUUGGCGGAGAUUUGAGGUUCCAUCUAGACCGAUCGGGCUCGCUUUCUGAGGAUACAGUGCGAUUUUAUGUUGCCGAACUGUCCUCUGCUUUGGCAUAUCUUCAUGACCAUCGUAUAAUCCACAGGGAUCUCAAGCCAGAUAAUAUUUUACUGGAUGAACAGGGGCACGCUCAUCUCACAGAUUUCAAUAUUGCCGUGCAUUAUCAAGAGCGAAGGCUGCUCACGGGAGUGGCAGGUUCCAUGGCAUAUAUGGCACCCGAAAUCCUUGCGAAGCGCGGGUAUACCUACACGAUUGAUUGGUGGUCUCUAGGCGUGUGUGCAUACGAGCUCAUUUUUGGUCGACGACCGUUCAGAGGCAAGACGAAUGGCGACCUCACCCAUAGCAUUGCAAAGGACCAGUUACGGUUUCCGGAAGAUGCAGAAAGCAAAUGCAGUAAGGCGGGCAUGCAGGCCCUGAAGAUGUUCCUCGAACGAGAUCCAGCAAAACGGAUGGGCUGGAAGACAAAUGAGGGCAUGGAGGCUCUUCGCAGGCAUCCUUGGUUCCAGUCCAUUGAUUGGGAGACGUUAGAGGAGAAGACACAAAUUUCGCCGUUUAUACCAGAUUCUAAGAAGGCCAACUUUGAUGCCUCCCAUGAGUUGGAAGAGCUGCUCCUCGAAGAUAACCCACUCAAAGCGAGGCAACGAAAGGUGCAAGAUAUCAAUAACUUGAGUGCCGAAAUGCGGCAGAUGGAAGAGCAGUUCACCUCCUACGACUUCAAAAAGAUGCAACGUCGGUCCUAUUACCCUCAAAACCAGCAGAUCAUUUCCACUGUCACUGCGUCUUCUUCCGGACCCGCAUACUCUCGACCUGUCACCCCUAUGACCAUUGGCCCCGAUGGUUUACACGAGGAAUAUGCUUUGAAGCAAAACGUGCUUCGAUCGUCUGACGAGGACUUCCCAGACAUUCCUCUUACGCCUGUCUCGCCCUCGCAGAUGAGUCAACACAUGAACCAUCUUGCUUCUGAGAAGGAUCUAUGA